CUCGGCGGCGGCGGCGGCGGUGCAGGACGCCGGGCUGAGCGCUCGUCCCGGCAGCGCCCGGCUGAGCCCCCCGCACCGCGGCCCUGCGCCGAGAGGAUGGGAUUGCCCUCACCUGCUCUUACGUGGUGUAUGUAGGUCUGAGGAAGGCACAGAACGGCGACGGAUACUCGAGGAAGCUCCUGGUUGCCACUCACGACGAGGAUGGUCACAGCAAAAGGAUGGCUGCUGCUCCUCCUCCUCCUGGGAGCCACGUCUGUUCUAGGCGGACACGAGUCGCUGACUUCCAGCCGAACCCCGGCGAGCCCUGCUAGAUGGGCCCUCCUGGUGACGUCUCCCGAGCGCUCCUCAUCUAGGAUAGCUGCGCGUCAAAGGAUCCUGAAACAAGCCCUUGGCAGGAUCCAGAUAAGACAGAAAACCUUCAGCCCACUGGUAAUGCUCAGCCUAGAAAGUAAGAGGAGCGGCUCUCGCGGGGGAGAAGCUACGCUGGGCUACAUCAGACGCAGUCCGCUGCUGCAGGAUUCCAAGCGGUUUCUGUCCCCGUGGUCGACGUGGAGCGAGUGCUCAGGGAAGUGCGGCCAGACCGGCGUGCAGAAGCGCACCAGAUCCUGCCUGGCUGAGCGCCUCUGGGGCGUGCACUGCAGCGAAGUAACCGAGGAAGGGCGCCUCUGCGUCGGACACGUCUGCUCAGACUCGACGGCACACCCCCGGCCGCUGCCUGAGCGGCGUGCCUCUCCCGCAGCCUGCAACCUGACGUGCGCCACGGGCCGCGUGAACGCCGACUGCGACGCCUGCAUGUGCGAGGACGCGACCCUGCACGGGAAGGUCUCCCUCGAAGACGGCUCGCCCGCCGCCGAAGCCCGUGUCUACCUGCAAGCCAAGAAACUCAAGCUGUUAACCACAGCUGACAGCGGGGGCACGUUUAGGAUCCCUGGAGUCUGCCCGGAUGGCAAGAACACCCUUAAAAUAAAGAAGGCCAAAUAUGUGACUGCUACCGUCACCGUGCCGAAAAGCACCGAGAGGAAUCUGGCCAUCCAAGUGCAGCUGGAAAGAUCAGGCAAACCGUACAUUUUGAAGAGCCCCGACGACAAGUCGAGGAGGGUGGGACAGAGCGUGUCGCUCUGCUGCGAUGCUGUCGGCAGUCCAGCCCCCGACCGCUAUCUCUGGUAUCACAACGGCUCGCUGCUGGAUCCUUCCAUAUACAAGUAUAAAAACAACCUGAUUUUGAAGAACCUGAACAGAGGCCAGUCGGGAGAGUAUUUCUGCAAGGCCAGUAGCGAUGGGGGUUCAGCAAAAUCCCAAUCUGCCAAACUUUCUGUAAUAGGAAGACAUGAGGCAGCCUGCAAUCCCCAGCCCCAAAGCCACCUCAUCCGACUUCCACGCGACUGUUUCCAAAACACAACUAACUCAUUCUACUACGACGUGGGCAAGUGCCCAGCGAAGAUCUGCGCUGGGAAGCUGGACAAAGGUCUCCGAUGUAAAGACAGCACCGCUUACUGCUGCGGUGUCUCUAAAAUGGAAACCAGAGAGAUCUUGUGCAACGGAUACACGCUGCCGACUAAAAUCGCUGUCGAAUGUGGCUGCAAAAAAUGCACAGAGACCAGAAAAACGGUACGAGGUAGAGCCAUAGCAGCAGAUAACGGCGAGCCGCUGAGGUUUGGCCACAUCUACAUGGGGAACAAAAGAGUGAGCAUGACUGGCUACAAGGGAACCUUCUCCGUCCACAUCCCAGCGGAUACAGAGAGACUGGUUCUAACUUUUGUUGAUCGUCUACAGAAGUUUGUGAACACCACUAAAGUCCUGCCAUUCAAUGAAAAGGGAGGUGCCGUGUUUCAUGAGAUCAAGUUACUAAGGAAGAAAGCCCCUGUCACAUUAGAAUCCUCUGAGACCAAUGUGAUUUCACUGGGAGAAAUGGAAGACGAUGAUCCAAUUGCCGAAUUAGAAAUCCCUCCCUAUGCAUUUUAUAGGAAGAACGGAGAAGUCUACAAAGGCAAAGUGAAAGCCAGCGUAACAUUUCUCGACCCAAGAAACAUCUCAAUGGCUGAUGUGACACAAAGCGACCUGAACUUUGUAGAUGAGGAAGGAGAUAUAUUUCCACUCCGCACAUAUGGCAUGUUUUCGGUGGAUUUCACUGAUGAACUGGGUACCGAGUCUCUUAAUGCAGGAGAAGUGAAGGUUCAUUUGGACACUGCUCAGGUGAAGAUGCCAGAACACCUGGAAGAGAUGAAGCUUUGGUCACUGAAUCCAGAGACAGGAUUAUGGGAGGAAGAGGGAGACUUCAGCCUUGAAAGAAGCAGACGGCAUAAAAGAGAGGAAAGAACUUUUUUGGUUGGGAACAUGGAGAUCAAAGAAAGGCGGCUUUUUAACCUGGAUGUCCCAGAGAGCAGACGGUGCUAUAUCAAAGUCCGAGCCUAUCGAAGCGAGAGAUUUCUGCCAAGUGAACAGAUCCAAGGUGUAGUGGUUUCUGUUAUAAACACAGAGCCAGAGCCAGGGUUCUCCUCCAACCCUCGAGCAUGGGGUCGUUUUGACAGUGCGGUCACUGGUCCCAAUGGUGCUUGUGUGCCAGCUUUCUGUGACGAGCAAAACCCAGAGGCCUAUGCAGCUUAUAUCUUGGCAAGCUUGGGGGGUGAGGAACUCGAAGCUGUAUCCUCUGCUCCCAAACUCAACCCUAACGUUAUUGGGGUCCCACAGCCAUAUCUCAACAAGCUCAAUUACAGGAGGACAGACCACGAGGACCCAAACACUAAGAAAACUGCUUUCAGUAUCAAUAUGGCCAAGCCAAGCUCCAAUUCCCCAGAAGAGAACGAUGGCCCUAUUUACGCGUAUGAAAACCUAAAAGAAUGUGAGGAAGCUCCAUAUAGUUCUGCUCAUUUCAGAUUUUAUAGGGUAGAGGGAGACAGGUAUGACUACAAUACCGUUCCCUUCAAUGAAGAUGACCUUAUGAGCUGGACUGAUGACUACUUGGCAUGGUGGCCCAAGCCCAUGGAAUUUAGGGCCUGCUACAUUAAAGUAAAAAUAAACGGACCCCAAGAGGUGAACAUAAGAUCUCGCAACAUGGGUGGGACGCACCCCCGUACCAUUGGCAAGCUCUACGGCAUCAGAGACGUCCGCAGCAUUCGUGCUAUCGACCAGCCAAACACCUCAGCAGCCUGCCUGGAGUUCAAGUGCAGUGGCAUGCUCUACGACCAAGACCGCGUGGACCGCACCCUCGUGAAAGUUGUCCCACAAGGCAGCUGCCGCCGAGAAAGCGUUAACAGUAUGUUCCACGAGUACCUGGUGAACCACCUCCCCAUGGCUACGAACAACGACUCCAGCGAAUAUACAAUGCUGGCUCCUCUCGACCCACUAGGGCAUAACUACGGCAUCUACACAGUUACCGACCAGGACCCGAGGAUUGCCAAGGAAAUCGCCCUGGGCAGGUGUUUUGAUGGCACGUCUGAUGGCACUUCCAGAACUAUGAAGAGUGACGUUGGUGUCGCCUUGACUUUCACCUGCUCAGAAAGGAGCCCAGCAGAGCAAAGUAUUUUCCAGUCCCAGAGGAACUCAGGCCAGCAGUCGCUGUCGAACCUGCCAAGAGAUAGCCCAGCAUAUCAAAGGCCACAGGGAAGCCGCAGAACUACCCAAGGCAGAAGCCCAAUGAGAGCUCAGCGCUCUCCUACGUAUUAGAGCUGUAUAGAAGCCUCGGUAAAGUUGCUCAUGUUUGAUUAAAUAUAAUCUGAAAGGAAUAUCUACCUGCAAAUAAUCUAUCUCAAAGCAGGUAGGUGCCAUUAUUUUUGAGACAUAAUUAAGGUGCACAUUUUUUAUUUUGCAUUGCACCAGAAUGGAAAGACAGAAGGCAAAAAUUGGGGGCCAGUAGUUAUAGUGGGUUCCUGUCUUAUUAAAUGUGUCCAUAAAAUCUUCUUUCUGCCUGACAUUAAACAGCUUCACAUGUUAGCCGAAAGGGAAAAAUUAAUACACAAUUGGAUUAAAUCAUGUACAUAAAACAUUCUUCUGUUCUGCAUCUGCAGACUUUGCCAGCCCAAGUACCUGUACAGUAAUUGGUAACAUGAAAAGGAAUAAACUGAUUUCCUCAUACUGAAUUCAACAGCAGUUUUUUACUUGAAAUGUAAGUAUUUUAUUUAUUUCUAGCUUGUUUUAGAAUGACUGUAUUCAAAGCUAAAGUACCGGCAGCUGCAUUUCUAAAAACUAAUGUUUGAUAGCAUGGAGAAACCACAUAGAUUUGUAGGUUCCACAUGGAUAAAAUGACAGUCUGCUCUUGCUUCUUGCACUCUCUGAGAAGAAAAUCCAUGCUCUAGAAUAGGGUAGAUUAAUAAAAAAAAGUGAUUUUGUUACUUUUGACAA